UAACAUGGCCGUCAUCUAACAUGGGAAGCUAGGGCGGUUGAGACAGACAGAGAGCUAGCGUCAGUUCAGCGGGAUUGCGUCUGCUGAUAGAUGAUAACACCAUUCAUUAAUGAUGUGAUGAGUCCUUUCCGUUUAUGAGUCAUCGAGACUAAUCAUCCAGAACUGUACUGGAAGAGGAAUCAGUCUGUUUGCAUUGACCGUCACUUUCAGCAGCUUGCAUACACUUGCAUGUCGCUCUGAGUCUAGGUAUUGAGGCUCGCCUCACACUGGCAGUACUCAAAGGAUUAGUGUCUGGGGGCCAGGGGACGCACUUGCCAUCCUCGGUCUCGGCCUGCGUCAGGACGUGGGACGCACCUGUCAACCAGCGCCACGCCUCCUCACAGAGCAUGGUGAGAGGCAGGGGCUGCCAUGGAGCUGCAAGAUAAAAAACAGGAGGAAGGAGCGUCUCCACUGGGGCUCUCCACAGCGCAGGCUCUGGAGACCCUCCGGGACCAGCUCUCCAGCCUACUGGAGCAACACCAGAAGCUCAGCCAGCGCAGACCCACCAUACAGGAGCUGUGGACUAAGAGCUUCCUUCAUCAAGAGGACCGCCAUUCAUGCUUUCAUUGGCCUGGUGCUGCCCUCACGUUGCUCGUAGUGGUUGGGUUGCUUUGUUGCUAUGGCAGUCAGCCAUCAGGCAGUCAAGGCAUUGAACUGGUGAAUGCAGGAGCACUCUUCCUUCUGCUGCUGCUCAACCUCCUCCUAGUUGGACGUCAGCAGAGACUGAAGAGGAGUGAGAUGGUACGGCGGCUGAAGUCCAUCAUUUCAGAACUGAAUGGUUUUUUGGAAGGAAGCAGAGGACAGCCAAUCAGAUGGGCCCCUUCUCGAUAUCCUGACCUGUACACACCUUCCUCUCCAUCCUGGUCCCUGCACUGGACAUAUCGCGAUGAGCAGCUGGUUAAUCUACCUGUCAGUCUGUUGGUGGAGGGUGAUGUCAUUGCUCUACGACCAGGCCAAGAGGCAUUUGCCUCACUUAGAGGCAUUAAGGAUGAUGAACACAUUGUGCUGGAGCCUGGAGACCUGUUUCCACCCUUCUCACCUCCUCCCUCCCCUCGUGGGAAUGAUAGGAGGGGCCCUCACAGCCCCCAGCAGUUCCGCCUCUUCAGGGUAGUCCGCACCCCUAUACUUGACAACGUCAGGAAUAGUCUUGACCUUGCUCUGUCUCGGCCAGUCACAGCUCUUGAUAAUGAACGGUUCACAGUGCAGUCUAUCAUAGCUAAGUUUGCUUGCCCAGCAGUGCUGGUGGCGUUUUUUACUGUGAAUACAAUUCGCUACUUUUUUGACACUCCCAGUCUCACUCCAGCUCAGUUCAACUUCCUUCAGCUGCAGAUGAUGGGAGUGCUACCCAUCCUACCUCUGCUAUUUCCAGUCAUGUGGGUCCUGGUCGUUGCUUAUGGAGAGGCACGUGUGUUAGCCGAAUCCAGCCGUAACUCUCCAACAGGCUUGCUGGCUAAGUUCUCUGAGGACACUCUAAGCAGCUACACGGAAGUGGUGUCCUCCCAGGAGAUGCUGCGUUGUGUGUGGAGCCACCUGCAAGGUGUUCUGAAAGGAGAGUCUCGGACGCUGUGUUACACCUCCAGUCUCCUGCACAAUCUAGGUUCAGUGACGGUGCUGUGCUGUGUGGAUAAGCAGGGACUACUAUCCUGGCCAAACCCCAGUCCAGAGACAGUUCUCUUCUUCAGUGGGCGUGUUGAGCAGCCCCGCGAUAGCCAGGAUGACCUGAGAGAUGACCUGUCCUUCAACUCUUUCUGUCGUCCGGAAGGAGAGGAGGACCGCGAUGAGGUUCUGGAAGUGGAGGCUCUCCUCAGUGUUCCUGCCUUUGAACCCUCACUACAUCAAACCAAUGAGCCAGAUCCCAGUGAGAUGUCACAUGACACAGUCCGCGACAUACAUCGUACACGUCGUGGCCCCCAGAGUACACGCUCCAAACACCCGUCCGGUUCCAAUGUCAGCUUUAGCCAUGAUACAGAAGGGGGUGAGGAAGAAAGCACUCAGCUUUGUGGUAUUGAUGGUCUGUGUGAAGCUGAGGACUUUGUUUGUGACUAUCACCUGGAGAUGCUGAGUCUGUCUCAGGACCAGCAGAACCCUGUGAGUAUCCAGUUUGAUGACUCUGGUUGGCAGGGCCACUUGUCCUCACUGAAGCCACUGGGCCUCAACAUCAUGCUGAACCUAUGCAAUGCUACAGUCACCCAACAGCUGUGCCGCUUCUCAGACCAUCUGUCCAACCUGGCUCUGCAGGAGAGCCAUGGCACUGUGCUACCUGUGCAUGUGCCCUGGGGUCUCUGCGAGCUCUCCAGGCUCAUAGGUUUUACUCCUGGAGCACGAGAACUCUUUAAGCAGGAAAACCACCUGGCCCUCUACCAGCUGCCUUGUGGAGAAAAGGCCAGAGAGUCUGCUUCACGUCGCCUGCACCACUUCACCAAACGCCAGCCACCCAUCAGCCAUCUGAUCAGCCUUCUGGUUCGGGACAGCACCACCAACAAUGUGCAGAUGCUCUCCCAUGGCUCAGCUGACCUCGUCUUGGAGGCCUGCACAGACUUCUGGGAUGGCACAGACAUCUACCCACUCUCUGGCUCUGACAGGAAGAAGGUUCUGGAUUUCUACCAGCGUGCCUGUUUAUCAGGCUACUGUUCUGCCUUUGCCUAUAAGCCCAUGCAGGUGGCACUGUCCAGCCAACUAAAUGGAAAAUGUGUGGAGCUGGCCCCAGGCCCUACACUUUUCUCUGGAGUCGAACUGCCCAGCACCACGCCUAUCAAACACAGCAGCCGCCGCAACAGCUGGAGUUCGGACGAGGGCAUUGGAGAGGUCUUGGAGAAGGAGGACUGUGUUCAGGCCCUGAGUGGGCAAAUCUUCAUGGGCAUGGUAUCAUCACAGUUUCAGGCACGUCUGGAUACAGUGCGGCUUAUUGAGAACCUGGUGGGAGCAUGUAUUCGCUUCGUCUACUUCUCCAGAGAAGACGAGCUACGCAGUAAGGUGUUUGCAGAGAAAAUGGGUUUGGAAACAGGUUGGAACUGUCAUAUCUCUCUUACUCCUAAUGGAGAUGGCCAUGGUGAUGGUGCUCCGUCCAGUCCCAGCCAGACUGGCUCUGUUCAUGAUGACCUACUGCAUGACUUUGCAUUGCUGUCUGUCUGUGCAGAUUCUCGAGAUGAUGCAGAGGGCCCUUUACUUCCUGAGGAUGAAGGCCAGUCCGAUCUUGCCAGCUUUCAGCCCACAGACAGUGAUGUGCCCAGCUUUCUGGAGGACUGCAACAGAGCCAAGCUGCCUCGUGGUAUUCACCAGGUUCGCCCUCACCUGAAGAACAUUGACAACGUGCCUCUGCUGGUGCCCCUUUUCACAGACUGCACACCUGAAACCAUGUGCGAGAUGAUGAAAAUUAUGCAGGAGAACAGAGAGGUGACAUGUUGUUUAGGGAGCUCGGCUAACUUCCGCAAUAGCUGCCUAUUUCUGCAAAGUAACCUCAGUAUCUCUCUGGACCCUCUGUACCCAUCACGGUGCUCGUGGGAGACGUUUGGUUACGCAGCUGGCUGUGGGGUGGGUGAGGAGCGGGAGGAGCUUUCCCCGCUGAGCCUCAGUGCUCGUCUUAACAGCCUCGGCUGCUCUGUCUCUUUCCACCAUGGCGAGAGCGUCAGCAUGGUCAAACUCAUAGAGCAGGCCAGGCACACCACUUCUGGGAUUCGCAAGUGCUUCCUUUUCCUGCUGCAGUGCCAGCUCACCUUGGUCAUCAUUCAGUUCUUGGCCUGUCUUACUCAGUUACCCCCUCCAAUGAACGUAACAGACAUUCUGUGGCUUUCCUGUUUCUGUUAUCCACUGUUGAGUGUGUCCUUAUUGGGGAAGCCUCCAGACAGCUCUGUGAUGACGGUUCCUACUGGAAAAAAUCUAGAUGCCAUUCCACGGAAGACUCAGCAGUACUUCCUGGGCUGGUUCUUACUCAAAUUUGGUCUGACCAUGUGUGCCUACCUGCUGGGCUUCGGCUUCUCUCUGCAGGAAGUGUGUGCUAGAGCUCUUAACGCCAGCAGAGCUGCUAACAUCAGCAGAGCUGAUGGCAGUGCCAUUAACUGCUCCCACAUCUUCACUCCUAGCUCAUAUGAAGAUGCUCCAAAGUGGUUUGAUGAGUUAUCUAAUGGCCUGCUGCUGGUCCAGAAAGUCAUGGCAGGCUUCUUGGCUCUGCAUAGUGUGGUGAUCUCUCUCAGCUAUGUGCACCGUUCUCAGCCAUUGUGGAGGAAGAACCCCUUUAGCAACACAUGGUGGUGUCUCACUGUGCCUGUUGUGUUGCUGGGUCAGGUGGUGCAGGCUACAGUAGAUUAUCAGCUAUGGCAGGACAGAAGGCUGGUGUUUACUUUGAGUGAUGUGCCCAAGGUGGUCUGGCUGCUGGUGUCACUGUCCACUGUGUUGGUGGUGCUGAUUAAUGAGGCUGUCAAGCUACAUGAGAUCAGGGUACGUGUGCGUUACCAGAAACGACAGAAACUGCAGUUUGAGACUAAGCUGGGCAUGAACUCUCCUUUCUGAGCUGCUAGAACAUGGGACUGUUAUGUGAUACAAGCCCAUGGUUCCCAUUGAUGACCAGCAGUGGAGGGAGGGUCACUCUCCUCCACAGUCUUCAGAAGAGUGCUCAGUGCCUGACUCCAACACUGACCCUCCUUGAAGCCGCCAAAAUACUGAGGACAGUAUCUGUCCACUGUGAUUUCCCACAAUAGCUUUUAAUUUAAGAUUUUCUUUUUUUAUUUAGCUUAACCCUGUUUAGUUGCAUUUGAACAAGGGAAAACCAUAACUCAGUGGGAAGGGAGAGUCAUUAAGUUCACAAGAGUCAUCCAGAAGACUAUAAAAUGAUUUUAAGAUGUUUCUGGACCCCUAUCAUACAUUCUGUUAAUCACUUUACAUACUAAAGCAAGGUAGUAUUUCACAUUUGAGAUUUAGAUAACAUUAUUGUGGUAGCAGUGCUGGAUCUCUUACUGGGCGAUAUUAUUCAGAAUUGGAAUUUAGUCUGGUUAACACCAGUUAGUCAAGCAGUGUUUUUUUACAGUUAAUUUCCUAUUUACUGUCUUGUUUGCAUCACUUAACACUGAGGAGCCUUUUGUAGCACAUCUAAAAGAUUUGAAUGUGAAAGCAUAUUUGUAUGUCCUUCAAAAUACCUCACGUCCAGUGUUUGCAGGGGAAACAUUUUGCACUCACAGAAAGGAAUGACAUUCCGUUACAAACUUCCUGGUGAGAGGAAUAAAUGGGAAUUCAAUUAUUUUUAAAACAUAAAUAGGCAGUCAAAGAUGUUGCAGAUGCUGAAUGCCUAGAACAACUAAAACUUUUUUUUCUUUAGUGAGAACAAAUUUGAAAUCCUUUCUCUCACUUAGACAAGUUUGGAGCCCUAUACAUCAUCUAGAUCCUGGUACUGGAGGUAAUGAAGGUAUUUAUUCCAGCAGAGUGUGAUGUCACCAAUGUGUUCGUCUCAGCUCAACGCCGAAGGAAAUCUAGUUAGAUGUUGUGGUACAUAGAUGGAGUAUGUCAGCCUUUUUAUCAGCUUUUGGUGGCUGAUGUUGACCACCAGGAUGCUUAAUAUUAACCAGAAAAUGGCCUAAAACAUUUUGGUUUUGCUUCUUGCCAGACAAAGCGUUCUUAUAUUAUUGUUUAGUAAUGUGUUUGCUGGAAAUUCAGCUAUGGAAAGAAGUGUACAGGUAAUAAUUAGUAGGCACGGUUUAUUUUUAUAUUUUGUGCAGCUGGACUAUUAGCUCUAAGGAGAUCAAAUCAAAGAGGGCUUAUUCACGUAGAAAAAACAUUUUCUUCCAGCUCCAUUGAACUUAAUAUUUUGACAUGCUCUGUGUUUGUCUAAAUUUGACUUGUGUUUACAUAUGUGAAUGUCAGCCAGAACGGGCUGACUAUUUUACAUACAUAUGCAUGCUUUGAUAAGACAUUAAUGCUUGCCUGCUUUCUCAUCACACACCUGGGGCUGGAUCACUAUUUCAAAUAUCUAGAAUACUGAAGUGUAGAUUACAUUUCAUUUUCGGGAGGAGAGGGCUAUUCUACCUCUUUCUGAUUGCCUCAAUUUUAUUCCAUUUUUGUUUUAAUCUGAAUACAAGGGGUUCUACAGCUUUGACGAAGGUCAAUAUGCUGUUCUUGAAAUAACCAUUUCUCCUUCCCAAGAAUACUGCUAUGUCAUUUUGAAGGCCAGUUGGGCUUUUGUAUAGACUGAAACUUAAUAAUAAUGAACUAAUGGAAACUGUAAGGCUUGAAUGAGUGGCUCACUGUACAAUACUUCUGCUGUAGUGCAAUGAGCUCACUAAAACUUUCCUUCAGUUUGUCCUGUCUCUUUCUCGCUGUCGCUUUCUCGCUCGCUCGCUCGCUCUCUCUGGAUCCAUGUAGAGAGAGUUACUGCAGAGUCCUAGGGGGAUUGUUUUUGUGCUUAUUCUUUUCAUGCUCAAUAAGGAACUAUUACUGCAGAAAUGAUAUUGUAAGUACUUAUUCCUGUUGAUUAUACCUGACUUGAUCCUUGUAGUCUUCUCAAUAGUCCUUGCAUUUGAUAUUUAUUUAUUUAUUUCAUGUCACCUCUUUUCAUUAAUCAUAUUUAAAAAGGACUUUUUACACACACAGGCAGCCUGAGGAGAAUGUCAUGUUCACAAUAUUGUAGCUUUACAUAAUUGUGCAUAUUUCAGUUAUCAUUACCCUGCCUUUUAAUUCUAACCUUGGAGGCAGUUCAUGCAGCACAUACACAAUGUUUUUGAAGCCCUUGUGCUAUAUUUUUAGCACUGUGUUAAAUGUCCACCUCAGGGCAGUUUGGGCUGUGUUGCAUACGUGAGCAUAAAAUCCAGCAUGGCAGGGCAACCCAGUGACAGUGAGUUUCUAACAGGUGCUUUAGUCCUGGUAUAAAAGUUGCAAAAGUUGACAUAUCAGAGUAAAUGGGAGAAGUUUGUUGAAAAGCACUGAUCUGUUCUGUAUGUACAGUACUAUAUUAUCAGCUUAAAGCGUGUAAUGAUUGAGCAACUUUAUUUUAGUUUUUUUUUGUACAGAUAUAAAAAAUGAUAAUAUCCAAGUUAUUUUUAAAGUUUAAUUGAAUAUAUUUUAUUUUUUGCUGAGAUAUAUGCAUGAUCAAAGACAUUAUGAAUGCAAAGAUAUUGUUUAGAGUUUUGUCCUCUUCUGAGUAUGUUAACUCAAUCUUGCAUGGACUGCAGGUGUUGCUGGUGCUUCCGCCAUUCAUAUCAACCUUAUCCAGCCCUAUCAACCAGGCUUAGCCUCUCCACUCUACACACAUAUUUGUGCAAAUAAAUGAUCAAAACAAAACCUGUAUUGGUUUAUGCCAACUACUAUUAAGAAUUUUGCUAUUUAUGAAUGUUCACGAAAUGUAUAAAUGUUGUACAUUUUGUAUUUUUUUAAGAUGUCUUUUUUUCCAAAUGAUUUGUGUCAAUUUGUUAAUAAAUAUAAAAAUUUAAAACCUCUUAA